AUACAUACAUAAAAACUAUUCGUAAUCAGUAUUUAAUUAUCUAAGAUACAAAGUUAAUUGUAUCGUGCGUUUAUAUUUGUAUUUUUAUAUACAUUGAAAGUAUUAAAUGUGGUUUUUGAGGUUAUAAUUUGUAUAUAUAUAUUGUAAACAAAAUGAACACAGUAAUAUUGCGAACUAUUAAUUGCUUAAAUAGAUCACCAAAGAAUAUUUUUAAUCAGGUUAGACAGAUCAAUAGAUCAAGUGUUUAUAGAGAGAUUGCAUCACCUAAGCUUGAUAAAAAAAAAGUUAAAAAGGUAUCUCCAAUAACAUGGAAAUCUUUGACGGUUACGGCAGGUCUUGGAUGUGUUCUUUUAGGAAUUUUGUAUAAUUUAAAAAAAGAAAAAGAAAAGGCAGAGACCCGUGAAAGAAGACGGCAGUUAGGAAAAGCUGCUAUCGGUGGAAAAUUUGAGUUGGUUAAUAGCGAAGGGAAAACUGUCAAAUUGGAUGAUUUCUUAGGAAAAUGGGUUUUAAUUUAUUUCGGUUUCACUCAUUGUCCAGAUGUUUGCCCAGAUGAACUUGAAAAAUUAGCAUUGAUUGUCGAUAAAUUAGAGAGUGAAUAUAAGUUGAAAGUUCAACCAAUUUUUAUAUCUGUUGAUCCUGAAAGAGACACUCCAGCCAUAGUAGGAAAUUACAUAAAAGAAUUUUCACCUAAAAUUCUUGGCCUUUCUGGUACUCCUGAACAAAUUGCUAAAGUUUGUAAAGCUUAUAGAGUAUAUUACAGUAACGGGCCUAAAGAUGUGGAUAAUGAUUACAUUGUUGACCACACUAUCAUCAUAUAUUUACUUGAUCCAGAAGGCUUAUUUGUUGAUUAUUUUGGACAAACUCAUUCAGUUGAACAAAUUGUUAAUAGUAUAAUAAUCAGUAAGACUAAAUACGAUAAGUAUUUAAAUGAUGUAAAAUAAUUUUUUUUUUUCUUAUACAUGACCAUGAUUACAUAACUGUGUAACUGGUUAUGAAUAUAGUUACUUA